AUGCAUGACAAUAGUGUCGACUGUCCUAGUCCAGUUAUAAAAGGCAAGGCUUCAAGGGCCCCACGAACAGGCUCUAUGAUUGCAACAAACUCAGCUCUUAAUAAUCGGCGUGUAUCUGGAACACUUGAGAGCUGCGAGCAAGUAUCAACUGGAUACAAAAUCCCUUCAAUUGAUGGGGCUAGCAAUCGCAAGCGUGCUAUGCCCUCAGAAUCAUCCUCUCCACCCAUGGCUCAAUGGGUUGGUCAGAGACCACAAAAAAUUUCCCGCUGUAGGAGGGCUAAUCUGGUGUCUCCAGUCUUGAACCAUGAUGAAAUGCAGACAUCACCCGAAGGUUGUUCCCCUUCUGAUUUUGGUGCUAGAUUAACUUCUAGUGGAACCAAUAGUUCUAUUCUUUCCAGGGUUGCAGGCAAUGGUACCCAGCAAUUAAAAGUUAAACUUGACAAUGUUUCAUCCCCAGCCAGAUUUUCCAAGAGGGUAGAAUCUUGUGCUGGCGAAAACAUGCCAAAUGAGAAAGGUACAAGUAGUGGAGAAUUGGAGGAAAGAGGUGUAAAUGCUGUUCAGAAUGUUAGGUCUUCUGUAAUGCUUACAAAGAAGAGUAAAUUAGUUAUCAAGGAAGAAAUUGGUGAUGGUGUGCGCAGACAAGGACGAAGUAGAAGGGGUUCCUCAUUUUCUAAGGCUAGAAAUUCUCCAGUAAGGGAGAAGUUGGAUAAUGCAGCAUUUACAAAGCCCCUUCAAAGUGCAAGACCUAGGUCUGACAAAAAUGGAAGUAAAUCAGGCUGUCCUUUAGAAAAGCUGUCCGAUAAUAGAGGCUUUUCUCGUCUUGGGAAUGUGCCAAAGAGUGGUUCUCCCAAUAUCAAUGGGGAAUCAGAUGAUGAUCGUGAAGAACUCUUAGCAGCUGCAAAUUUGGCUCGUAACGCUAGUCAUCUUGCCUGUUCAAGCCAAUUUUGGGAAAAAAUGGAACCAAUGUUUGCUUCGAUCAACUUGGAGGGCAGAUCCUACGUAACUCAACAGCUGAAGUAUGCAGAGGAACUUCAGGAAAGCCUAUCUCAGAUGUUUGACUAUGGAUCUAGUGUUUUGGUUGAUAUUGUGCAUGAAGAAGUUUCUGUAUCUCAUAACGUUUCUGGAGAAAGAAAUAGACGUCUGGGAAAUCAAAUUGGAUCCAAGGAUUCAGCUAGUAUAGGUGAGUUGGUUGAUCAAUUUCGGGACACUGCUCUUGUUGGAGCACUAGACUCGGGGCGAAGAUUUAAUAAAGUUACUCCACUGUACCAUAGAGUACUAUCAGCUCUCAUUGUAGAAGAUGAUAUAGAAGAAUAUGAAGAAAUCGAUGCUGGGAGAAAUGUGUUGCUUCAGAAUGCUACAGGCGAUCGACCUUAUGAUGCAUGUCUCCUUAUUGAUGCUGAACCUAGAAGGGGGCAUAGAAUGGAAUUUGAAUGUGAGUCAAUGUUUGGUGUGCAAAUUCAGGAACCUGGCACCGGAAACAUAUUAGGUUCUUGCAAUGGAAGUAUUGCUUUUCACAGAAGCCCCAGCACCCAGAAUCCUCCAUGUAAGGAUGCCCUAUUGGUAGGAGAGAGUUUGUAUAAGGAUUCAGAUGCCAAGGUGUUGGCUGGGAUUUCUAGAAAUGAUCUGGAAGGACCACAGAGUUCACAAAAGAAGGUUUUGGCCCUUUUGCCCUUUGAUUGUCAGUAUGAGCACAUGUGUAUAGAUGAUAAACUCUUGCUGGAGCUGCAGAGUAUCGGCCUAUAUCCAGAAACAGUGCCCGAUUUAGAUGAUCGAGAGGAUGAAGUGCUCAAUCAUGGAAUUUUGCAGCUGAAGAGAGGACUUCAUGAACAGAUUGGUAAAAUGAAGACAUGCUUGGAAAAAAUAUGUAAAGCUAUUCAAGGAGGGAGGGAAAAAGGAUGGGAUCUUGAGCAGAUUGCAAUGAGUAGACUGGUUGAGUUGGCUUACAAAAAGCUGCUGGAUAUUCAAAGGGAAGAAGGCAUGGUUAAUGCCCUAAAUGGUCGUACAAUUUUCACCUUUGCCAAGAAUAGGAGGAAAUCCACUUUGAUAGUUAAGACUAAUCUUGGGGNAUUGGUAGGAGAGAGUUUGUAUAAGGAUUCAGAUGCCAAGGUGUUGGCUGGGAUUUCUAGAAAUGAUCUGGAAGGACCACAGAGUUCACAAAAGAAGGUUUUGGCCCUUUUGCCCUUUGAUUGUCAGUAUGAGCACAUGUGUAUAGAUGAUAAACUCUUGCUGGAGCUGCAGAGUAUCGGCCUAUAUCCAGAAACAGUGCCCGAUUUAGAUGAUCGAGAGGAUGAAGUGCUCAAUCAUGGAAUUUUGCAGCUGAAGAGAGGACUUCAUGAACAGAUUGGUAAAAUGAAGACAUGCUUGGAAAAAAUAUGUAAAGCUAUUCAAGGAGGGAGGGAAAAAGGAUGGGAUCUUGAGCAGAUUGCAAUGAGUAGACUGGUUGAGUUGGCUUACAAAAAGCUGCUGGCUACUCGAGGAAGUAGUGCUGCUAAAAUGGGGGUUGCUAAGUUGCCAAAACACGUUGCCUUGGCUUUUGUGAAGAGGACUCUUGCUAGAUGUAUGCAAUUUGAAGAUUCAGGGACGAGUUGCUUUCAUGAACCUGCACUUCGGGAUAUUAUUUUUGGUGCACCUCCUCGAGGCAAUGAGGCAGAAGCUACGACUUGUACUGGUCUGGAAGUUGCUAACAGUUCCUUCCUCUGUAAUGCUGAUGGGUGUCCAUCAUCUACAUUUGAAAUUUUAAGUGAUCAAGCUUUCGCCAAAAAAGGGCCAAUAUCAAACAGAGGGAAUAGAAAGAAAGCAUUUGUUGAUGAUGUUGCUGGAAUUACUGCCUUGAGCACCACAUCAACUUUUGGUAGCUCUCUUUUGGGUGGAAUGAAGGAAAAGAGAGGCAAGAGCGAGGGGGAGAAAGAUAUGACAACCAGAAAUAAUGUUGCCAAAGCCGGACACUCAACUAUGAGUUGCUUUAAGGGUGAUCGUAAAACGAAAAUGAAGCCUAAGCAGAAGAGAGCUCAGCUAUCAACAUCAGGAAUUGGAUUUAUUAGCAACUUCACAGAAACAACACAUCCUUCGGGCAUUUCAGCUAGUAGUUCUACUGAAUUGGUCAAUAGUAGUGGCCACAGAAAAAGAGAGGUUGGGUUCGUGCCCCUUGGUAGCAUUUCUGAGGAUUCACCUAAGGAUGUCAAAGAACCCAUGGAUUUUGCAAAUUUGCAGCUACAUGAGUUAGAUCUGAUAGAGGAACUAAGUGUAGGCGCUGACCUUGGCAGGCCACAAGAAGAUCUCAGUCCUUGGUUGAACUUCGAUGAGGAUGGUUUACAGGACUAUGAUUCAAUGGGCCUUGAAAUACCAAUGGAUGACCUAUCAGAGUUGAACAUGUUUUGAUCACGACUACAGAUUGUACAUUCUUGUGGAUUAUUUAAUUCGUCAGCCGGGAAUAAUCUUUUUCUUGAUUUGACAGAACAGCUACCUUAGGAUAUGUCUCGGGUCAAUUGGAACUUGUAAUUAUGGAAUUUUUUUGGUAUAUUUGUGCAAAGAAGCCAUUAAAAGUUCCUGAUUAUUUAUGUGAUUCAGACAAUAUAUCUCCCAACAAAUUGUGGGGGUUUGAGGGGCUUUUCUGCUGUCAUUUUUUGCAGAAUUUAGCUCCAUUAAUUUCUCAAUAAUUUUUU